AGGACAGGAGAGGACACGACACCCGCGCGCAGCCGCAGUGAACGCUGCUGCGGCCAGCUCGGGGCGGCGGGAGGGAGGGGCGCCCGCGCGCCUCGGGCCCGAAAGGAGAGACCGCGGGCUGGGCCGGGCAGAAGGAUUUUGGAUCAGGCUCAGUAACCCCACAGUUCAGCAAAUGUAUAUGAAACUCCAAUAAACAAUGACCACCGCCAGACUGAUGCCAUUACUGUUGGUCUUCUCUAUUACCCAAGAAGAGAGUAUACAAGGUCAGCUCUCACACUGCUGCACUGGGCAACACAGUAUGGAGAGGAGUAUUCUAGAAAUCAUGACAACCUCAGGAAAAGAGAACUUCCGAUUGAAGAGCUACAAGAACAAGUCUUUAAAUCCUGAUGAAAUGCGUCGUAGACGAGAGGAAGAGGGCCUUCAGUUGCGGAAGCAGAAAAGGGAGGAACAGUUAUUUAAGCGCAGAAAUGUUGCUACAGCUGAGGAAGAAGCAGAGGAGGAAGUGAUGUCAGAUGGAGGUUUUCAUGAAGCUCAACUGAACAACAUGGAGAUGACGUCUAGUGCCGUCAUCACCUCUGAUAUGAUUGAGAUGAUUUUCUCCAAUAGCCCAGAGCAGCAGCUCUCAGCCACUCAGAAAUUCCGGAAGCUACUUUCAAAAGAGCCUAAUCCACCAAUAGAUGAAGUGAUCAGCACACCAGGAGUGGUGGCCAGGUUUGUGGAGUUCCUCAAACGAAAAGAAAAUUGUACAUUACAGUUUGAAGCUGCUUGGGUGCUGACAAACAUUGCCUCUGGAAAUUCCCUUCAGACUCGGAUUGUGAUUCAAGCAGGAGCUGUCCCUAUCUUCAUAGAGCUUCUCAGCUCAGAAUUUGAAGAUGUACAGGAGCAGGCAGUAUGGGCACUUGGCAAUAUUGCUGGAGACAGUACCAUGUGCAGAGACUACGUGUUGGACUGCAACAUCCUACCCACUCUAUUGCAAUUACUUUCAAAACAGAACCGUCUCACCAUGACCCGAAAUGCUGUGUGGGCUCUAUCAAACCUCUGCAGAGGGAAGAAUCCUCCUCCAGAGUUUGCCAAGGUUGCACCCUGUCUGAGUGUGCUGUCCUGGUUGCUGUUUGUCAAUGACACAGAUGUGCUAGCUGAUGCCUGCUGGGCCUUGUCAUAUUUGUCUGAUGGACCUAAUGAUAAAAUCCAAGCGGUGAUUGAUGCAGGAGUGUGCAGAAGACUUGUUGAGUUACUGAUGCACUGUGACUACAAAGUGGUAUCUCCUGCCUUACGAGCAGUCGGGAACAUUGUGACAGGGGAUGAUAUCCAGACACAGGUAAUUCUGAAUUGCUCAGCUCUGCAGAGUUUAUUGCACUUGCUGAGCAGCCCUAAGGAGUCUAUCAAAAAGGAGGCAUGUUGGACAAUAUCCAACAUUACAGCUGGAAACAGAGCCCAGAUCCAGACAGUCAUAGAUGCCCACAUUUUCCCAGCCCUCAUAAAUAUUUUACAAACUGCUGAAUUUCGGACAAGGAAAGAAGCUGCUUGGGCAAUAACAAAUGCAACAUCUGGAGGCUCUGCUGAGCAGAUCAAAUACUUAGUAGAACUGGGAUGUAUCAAACCGCUUUGUGACCUCCUUACAGUAAUGGACUCAAAGAUUGUGCAAGUAGCACUGAAUGGGCUGGAGAACAUCCUGAGGCUCGGAGAGCAGGAAGCCAAGCGCAGUGGCUCUGGCAUUAAUCCCUACUGUGCUCUUAUUGAAGAAGCAUACGGCCUGGAUAAGAUUGAAUUCUUGCAGAGCCAUGAGAACCAGGAUAUCUAUCAGAAGGCCUUUGAUCUGAUUGAGCACUACUUUGGGUCAGAGGACGAGGACAGCAGUAUUGCCCCACAAGUGGAUCUCAACCAGCAACAGUACAUCUUCCAGCAGUGUGAGGCUCCCAUGGAGGGCUUCCAGCUCUGAGGUGCCCCAUCCUAGCUGUUCCUCCACCAAGACAGUCCUCAUGUAAAGCCUUGAGUCACCGUUAGAGUGAUUUCAAUGUUUUCCAUAACCCCUUACUGUCCCCAUCUACCUGAGUUCCCUUCCCAUAUUCUUCCCUGGGUGCCUCCUUGGAUGCCCUUGUGAGGUGUGUUCAGUCCUGACACAAAAUGUAUCUGAUUGAUUACUUUGCUUAAUGUGCCAGCCUGGGCCAUUGGCAUAUGGAACACUUCACAGAUAUUGGAGUAAAUUCUCUGUCCCUGCAACUACAGCCUCCAGUGGACAUGCUUUCUAGUUACUAGGUACAUUGAACACAACUGAACCUGUCCCAUUACAAAACAGCUCCCAAAUUGGUCUCUACAGGCCACUUUGGAGAUCUGGACUCUGUCAUUCUUUCCUUUCAACCCAAAAAGGACUUGUGAGUAGGUCAGUCUUAUCACCUCCCUAAAAGCGACUUUUGUAACUGGCUUCUAAAAUGGAGAAACUACCACAUUGCCCAGUCCCUAAUACAAUGUGGCCUCUGUUAAAGUUGAACCCUUCCUCACUUCGUGCUCCUAACUCUGGUCCUCACUAGCUUAGUGACAGAUGAUAUAUCUCUACCCCUUUACAUUUUUCUAUGCAGCUUAACUUGAACUGGUUUCUGUUCUGUAAAUUACCAUUUGAUGUAAAAUCUUAGUGUGCUAAACUGUCAGUGUGAGGAGGACGCUGUAGUGAUAGCUCUCCGUACUACUUUCAGUCUCAUGAAGUAGAGCUUCCUGUUUAAUGCCCCUACCAGCCAACUGAUAAAAUAGAAACAUCCUGAUCAGGGUCUGUUUAACAAGUAUACUGUGAUACUACAUCCCAUCUUUCCAUUUCCCCCUCACUACUCCCAUGGCCCCAGAUGAAUUAGCAUGGAAUAAAUGGUUCCUAUAGGCCACAUUUGUAAGGCAUUGCUGAGUGCACGACAGCUGUAAUUUACACCUAUAGUCAGCCCUUCUUCUAGUAGCGUGUUUUUGACUCCGCAGCCUGUUUGGAUCACAAGCAUCUAAUGCAAAGGUGGCAAUUCAAUUUCUGAAUGUAAUGGAUUCUUUGGGCUACCUACUCCUUCCUGCAUUGGGCUACAUUCUCUCAAGCCAUUUGGGACCUUUGAAAUACACCUUUUCCCUAGGGUAAAUGUUUUCAAAGUUGCCCCUACUGCAUUGUCAUGCAUCUGUGGUAAAUCCUACUGGCAGAAAUGUCUACAAGAUCUUUCUUAUGGCUUCAUUCAAUGACAAGCCCCUGCAAAAGCUUCAACAACUCGAGGAUACAGGUUUUAAAAAAGCAUUUAUCAAACUGCUGAAAGGCCUAAGCAUCAGCUCUGUGUGACCCCUUCUUUAAACAUAGUCUUCAUUUGAGCCUGUGCUUUAGGAUGGAAACUGACCUGUGUGGGCAUUGAAGAAAGCCACCUGUUGCCUCCCUUUCUAAUCCAAUCGGUCUCCACCUUCCCUGUUACUUUCUCUAGUGCUGCUUUGUACUCAAGGAACAUUUAGUUUACUGCACUUGACCUGUAAAUUGACUUCAAUUAUUUGUAAUUUUAGAGGUUAAAUUAGGUGAUUAAUUUAAAAACAAA